UAUGGCGAUUGAGAGAAGAAGUUCGUUUUCUUUGUUUGAAUAUCGCUAAGAUCUCUACAAAUGUAAAGAAAAGUUCCCACCAUGUCACACAGUUAUUAUGGAAAGCAGUGGGUUGAAUCUCAGGGGGGGAUUCUCGACCUCCUGGAGGUUGAGCUUCCACCAGAACCUGCCAAGCCAGAAAAGGACCGUAUUGCAGCAUUUCAGAUGUUUGCUGUGAUGUACAUCAAAUACAUUCAAAUAUUUAGAAGGAUUGAAGAAUGCUAUGAUCAGGUGGUUCAUCCCCAAAAGAGACGGGUGUUGCGUCAUUUGCUUGAUGGUAUAAUGGGAAGGAUUCUAGAGUUAAAAAAUGAAAUGGUGCUCCUUGAAUUCUCAGAGUAUCACUACUUUGAUGAUGUACUGUCAGAUUUGAAACUUACACCUGAUGAUAUAGAAAUCCCCAUUCCAAAAUAUUUCACAUAUGAGAAUUCCAAACUGCUGCAAGAAAGAGAAAAAAUGCUCGGCAGCAUCUUGGCAAAAAUGGGUCCUCAAGAAACUACACCACAAAAGGAAGAAAUACAGAUGACUCUUGAUGACGCCAUCAGACUUAUUCAGGUACACGAAAGAGCUCGCCAAGGAAGACUGAGAGCAAACUUCAUGAGAGAAAUCAGACAACAAGAAGAGAGAGAACGUCAAGCUCAAUUGCGUGGAGCACCAACCAUGGAUCCUGACAUUGCAGCUAUGAAAAUUCAGAAGGUUUGGAAAGGUUACUCACAAAGAAGAAAGACAAAGAAAAUGAGAGAAGAGGAAUUAAUAUUUGUUGGAAUGGCUUCCCCUCCUGAGCCAAAAGAUUGGAAAGACACACCUAUGUAUUCAGCUAAGAAGACAGAGGAACAUAGAAGAGUCGUUCAAGAAGAACAUGAGAGAGAAUACCAACAAGCACUUGUUUCCAUUAAGGAAAAGAUCCGUGAGAUUGAGGGACCAGAUGUGAAAGAAAACAUGCAAGAUCAGAUCAGACAAUGGUUUAUCGAGUGCAGGGAUAAGACAGGCAAGUUCCCAGAUUAUGCCGAUGAUGAUGAAGGAGGCUCUGCUGCCAUAUUCAAAGAGAAAGAUCCUUUGGAGGAUGAUGAUGGGGGAAAGAAGAAAAAGGGAAAGAAGGGAAAGAAAGAGAAGAAAGAAAAAAAGGAUAAAAAGGACAAAAAAGGAAAGAAAGGGAAAGGAAAGGGAGGAGAUGAGGAAGAAGAAGAGGGAAUAAAAAUGCAAGUUUCAAACUUUGUUCCAACUGUGAAUGAAGCGGCUGCUACUUACAAAGAUGUGUGGCAGUUCAGAGAUGAGGGCACUAACUUUGAGCAGAAACAUGAUGCAGAAUUAAUCAAGGAAGCCAAAAGGAUUGAAGUCGAAGAGGAAAUCCGCAAGCAGGUUGACGAACUCAUGCGGCAAGAACUGAAAAACUUGAAAAUGGCUGUUGAUAGGGAGAAAGGUGGAAAGAAGGGAAAGAAAGGAAAGAAAAGUGGAAAGAAAAGUGGGAAAAAGAAAAAGAAGAAGAGUGGAAAGAAAAGUGGAAAGAAGGGAAAGAAAAAGAAGAAAGAGAAAGAUCUGACUGCUGACAGAACAAUAGAGUCACUUUAUGAAGAACUGGUCCACGAAGGAAUCCUAGUGAGACCUCCCAAGAUUAAUCUGAGGGACUAUGCUGGAGAAUACAGGAUCUCAAGCUGUGCAUGAAAAAGCGCCGCUAGUAAAGUCAGUUCUGAUCGCGGGCCCCCGUGGAGUUGGGAAGAAAAUGUUGGUGCAUUGCAUCUGCACAGAGACUGGGGCCAACAUGUUCGACUUGACCGCUGCGAAUAUUGCGGGCAAAUACCCAGGGAAGGCUGGACUGGCCAUGAUGCUCCAUAUGGUGUUUAAGGUGGCCCGGCAGCUUCAACCUUCAGUCGUGUACAUUGGAGACGCCGAGAGAACAUUUGUUAAGAAGGUUCCCAAGACUGACAAGAGUGACCCGAAGAGACUGAAAAAGGAUCUGCCUAAGAUUUUGAAAACCCUUAAAGGAGAGGAUCGAGUGUUGAUCGUUGGAACCUCGCGCAUGCCCUUUGACGGCGAAAUUAAACCAUUUUGUGGACUAUACCAGAAGAUUUUGCUGAUACCCAGACCUGACUAUGCUUCGAGGUUCUUGCUCUGGAAAAUGUUGAUCUCACGAUGUGGUGGACGCGUGACUGAGGCGAUAGAUGUAAGUUCGCUGGCCAAGAUUACUGACGGCUACACUCCAGGUCACAUGGUACAAGCCAUUGAACAAAUUCUGACGGAGAGACGAAUUCAACAGCUUUCAAAGAGACCGUUGUCAGCUGUAGAGUUUGUGGCGCCUUUGGCUCGCAUUGAUCCGAUCUACAAAGAAGAAGAGGAAGCUUUCAAGACCUGGUACGCGAAAACACCGCUGGGAAAGAAGCGAGCGAAGGCUGCCGCAGGAGACGACGAAGGGGAUAAGAAGGGAAAGAAAGGAGGGAAGAAAGGUGGAAAGAAAAAGAAGUAAUAAUAAAAAACAAGAAAGAUAGAAGAAAAAUGACAACGUGGAAAGAACAAGGAGUUUGAGAGUCGUGUGUUUUAUAAGUACUGUUGUAAAUAAAUCUGAGACUACCGGUGAGUAGAAUGUAAAUACGAAAAGUUUGAAGAGAAUUAAACGCUUUUUGGGUGUAUUGUGUGA